ACACCACACUUAAAUACCUCUAACAAGUGAUCAAGGUCCAACUUGCUAUUGAAAGCUGCAGGCUCUUUGAUUGGCGGUAGAAAUGGGUCGGGGCCCUUAAACCCUAAAACCCUUGCAGGUGGCCGAGUAAAACUACAAAACCCGACUUCUUCCCGCUGGCUGCAACUCCCAACGAAACUUUUUUCUCCGGAAACGCCACAUCCGGUAUCGACCGUGAAAAACACACGAGAGAGGAACCAAGCGGAGCGAAGAAGACGACAAUGGAGUUGGAGGCCAGUAGUCUGAGAAAAGCGGUGGUACCGUCAACUCUCAUUCAGAACCCAUCUCCUGCUAAUCUUCAGUCUACUCGCCUGGCUCUCCAUGCUAAUGUUGACGGCUCUUCUUGUUGGGUCUACAUAGCUUCCGGUUGUCAGGUCUACAAGCUCCAGAUAUCAAUGGAAGAUACUUUCAUCAGCAAAGGGAAAGAUAGCCUUCUCAUCCCUGUACAGACAGUGGUUAUGGACUCUAUGUUAGUCAACCGAUGCCCUCAUCGUUCAGAAAUCCAAAGUAUAGUACUCAAUGAGGCUGAGAGCCCUGGCAAUUUGGUACUGGGAAGUGUAGAUUCUUAUGGUCACCUUAUUGUAUCUAAACUGGAUGGUAGUGGUAAAGAUGCUGAUAAGCUUACUUAUUCAGUUUUACCUCGGGAUUGUGGUGUUGGAGAGGGUAGUUGGGCAGGGCUCUCCUUCAGUCCAGGUCAAUGGUCCAUGGUACCUUAAUUGUUUACUCAACUAGUGAUGCUGGACUAUUUAGAAUUAUUUUCCUACUUACUAGUAAAGAUUUGUCAUAUAAAUAGGUUUGUUUUUUCAUGUAUAGUCAGGAUUCUCAUUUCAUUGUUAUUUCCUAUAAAUACACAGGCAAAACUAUAAUUUCAUUUUUCAAAUUGCUUAAUGAUAAAACUAGAUAGAUCUUUUCUUGC